AUGGUGACCGGUCGGUUCCAUGUGGAGUUAGAGGAUGGCACCCUUCCUGACACAACGCAGGAGCCCGUUGCUUUCAUGGAGACCACGCUAAACCUCGUGUUGGUGCUUGGGUACACAGGCAGUGGCUGGAUCGAUAUUCUCAUUGCAGCCAUCCUCCUUUUUGCCAGCAUGGCCAUGCAGAUGACAUUCUGCAUCAUCUUGCUGACAGAGGACUUCCUGGGCCAGCCGUUCUCAGAACAGAUCCAGAUUGCCCAGAACUGGCGGCGCAGUGUGGCUCAUGACUACAAGUACAUGGAUCUGGAGCAGACCAGCCUCACUUCCCGGGUCUGUAAUGGCGAUGGCAAGUUGAUCCUGUCGACAGAGCAUGCUUCACUGCUUGAGCAGAUUAAUGACUUCCUGGAUCUCCGACAGGGUAGCUUCGAGCUACCGUAUUUUCAGCCCGGCACCCUGCUCUGCAUGCUCUGCAUUUUCCUGUGGUGUCUCUACAUCUGCAACGAACUGCGGUCAUCAUUGCUUUCGCUGGAGGCUGUGGCUCAGGUGCCGAGAUCCAAUCGAACCCAGGUGCAGCGCGGCAACUUUAUGAGCAUCUCGUGGAGUCGGUUUCUGGUGUAUUUCCUGCUCCGCUGCUAUCGAAUUUGCAUCGCGCUGGGGCUGCUUUAUGCUGGAGUCCUGUGGCUGGGCGCCACCACCUCCAUCACAGAUCUCAUUCUCAACGCCGUCGCACUGUCCGCAGUGCUCCAGGUGGAUGAGAUUUUCUACGCUGCGCUCAUGCCGAAGCAAGUCCAGACGAGCAUACUAGAUCUGGAGGCCAUCAAGGUCCGCUAUACCCACCGCCGGAGUCAACUGGAGUCCUUGCUUCUCUUUGCCUUCAUGGCUGGACUCACCCUCUGGCCAUACCUGAGUGUGGUCGGGCCAUUGACUGAAAACAUGAUGCAGGUGAAGUGGGCAUACUGCGGGGGCAGGCAAGACUUUGUUGUGGCUUCAAACACCAACCAGAACAUCACCGUGGGACUGCAGACGCGGCCUUUCGAAAGUCACGAAGAUUCGGCCACUUCGGCACAGUUCGCUGUUGAACAUUGGGUUCAGCAGCCAGAAGGCUCGGACUCGAAAUACAUCGCCUUCACAAGAGACAAUGCGCACUUUGACAGCUUCCUGGCGGACACUAUGGAAGCCAGAGCAGGGAGGGAGGGCUUUUGCAUCGAUUGGGACACAGUCUUUGUUGGGAACGAGACCCAUGACCGCCAAGACAUGUACAGGCCAUUCUUCUACUCUACCAGCUUGACCUUGGGCUUUCAGGACACGCCGGACGCGAGCUGUUCUGACAUGGCGCACUUCUGCGACAGCUUUUCAGGACGACUGCUGCGUUACGCUUGCCCACGAACGUGCGGCUGCAACGAUCCAAGAGCCCAGCCUUUGCUUCGAGUGAACUACGAGGGCUGUCCUCAAGGUUGCAUCAACGAGGCGCACACUGCAAUGAGGUCAAUGCCGUGCCAAGACGUAGCACUUCCGCAGAUGAAGGCGACGUGGGACUUCUUCUGGGACCGGUACGUGCAAGUCAUGUUGUACGCUCUCAACAUCCAAGAUAUCAACGCCUCGAGCUACUCCUGGCUCCCGAACGCCGUCCGGCAGGUGAAGGAAGUGGGGUGCCCAUUUAUCGGUGGAGUGGAGUUCCCCCAGGAUCCAUUCUCAGGCGUGAGGUGGUGUGAAGGCUAUUCUCCGCUGUACCGGCCCUUGGCCUGGCUCUGCCCAGAGGCCUGCGGAUGUGUCGGAAGGGACCCUUUGCCGGAGUUCUGCCCGCAGAGUUGCAGAGGCUGCAAAGAUGCUGACAGCUUCCCCGUCAUAGGGAGCAUCACCAACUGUGAUCAGGCGAAGGCCGCCGGGCUCUGCGUGCAAAUCCCGCAGCAGGCGCUCGCAUACUGCGCUGAGACCUGCGACCUCUGCCACCUUAUCGGGAACUCCACGGCCUGA